AUGGAUAACGCUGCCUAUCACUCAGUGCAGGAAGAUAAAAAGCCAACGAUGACCAACACAAAGGCUAACAUGCAGGCCUGGCUGCAAAGACAUAAUGUCGAAUUUGAUAAUUCCUUAAGAAAAUGUGACCUGCUUAAGCUGAUUAAGCAGAAUGGUUCUGAAAAUGUUUAUAAGAUUGAUGAAUUGCUCAAAGCUGCGGGUCACGAAGUAUUAAGACUUCCCCCCUACCACCCAGACUUAAAUCCUAUUGAGUUGGUUUGGGGGGAUAUCAAAGGUCAACUGGCAAGAAACGAACUGGAUAGUAAUUUAGAUAAAAAGAAGAUUGCACUAGAGCAAUUAUUCAACGAAUUUCCAGCAGAAAAAUGGGCAGCAUGUGACAGUCAUGUCGAAAAAAUUGAAGAUGAUUAUUGUCUUUGCACGCUUACGGGCGCGCCUUGCGAAUCGGUAUCUUUACAAGCUGGUGGCGCGGGAGGAGGGGCGGGGGGCGGAGCACCUCUCGAACAGCUGGACCGGGAUCUUGUGUGGGCGCAGCUGCUGUCCUCCCGCCAGGCCUGCUUCUUGAUGGGCGCCAGUUGCGGUGGUGGCAACAUGAAGGUCGAUGAAGAAGAGUAUCAGCGUUUAGGCCUUCGCCCCCGUCACGCUUACUCGGUGUUAGACGUUGUGGAAGUAGCCGGACCCACUCGUCUACUCCGCUUACGGAACCCUUGGGGGCAUUACACAUGGAGGGGCGCUUGGGCCCACGGAUGUCCAAGAUGGACGGACGAGUCCAGGAGAGCUGUCCAAGCCCAUUCUGGAAGCUCAGACGCUGAUAGAGACCAAGGGGUAUUCUGGAUCAGCUUCGAUGACGUUUUAAAGUACUUUGAUUGUAUAGAUAUUUGUAAGGUGCGAGUGGGAUGGCACGAGGUAAGACUAGCCGGUAUACUUCCGCCGAUGUCUUCAACAAGGCACCUGACAUGUUUACUGUUGACUGCCACACAACCCACCGAAGUAGACUUCACGUUGUUUCAAGAAGGUCAAAGGAAUUCAGCUAAAAGUCAGCGUUCUCAAUUAGAUUUGUGCGUUGUUGUGUUCAGAACAAAAUCUGGACCUAAUGCGCAAGUCGGCAAACUUGUAGCACACAGCAAAAGACAGGUUCGCGGCUUUGUCGGUUGCCAUAAAAUGCUAGAAAAAGGCUUCUACCUAGUCGUAUGUUUGGCCUUCAAUCAUUGGCAUACUGGCCUCGAAUUAGCAGACAGUUCGGCUUGGCCUCGACAUGUGCUAGCAGCUCACUCAUCGAAGCCGUUAGCUGUUGAAAGGCCAUCUUUACAUCCGCAUAUAUUAGCCGAUGCCAUAAUAGGCCUCACGUUAGCUAGAGGCCAGCGGCAUGAAGGCCGACAGGGAAUGACUGCCUAUUAUCUAACCAAGGGUUGGGCAGGCCUUGUGGUAAUGGUGGAGAAUCGUCACACCGACAAAUGGAUUCACGUUAAAUGUGACUGCCAGGAGAGUUACAACGUGGUCUCCACCAGAGGAGAACUCAAGACGAUAGAUUCCGUGCCUCCUUUACAUAGACAAGUGAUAAUAGUACUAACCCAACUGGAAGGCAGCGGGGGUUUCUCAAUAGCCCACCGUCUCACGCACCGGUUGGCGGGCGGGGCCCGCCUGCAGGAUUGGGCCCCGCACGCUGACGGCGAGCCCCGCCACCGGCCCCCCCUAGCGCGACGACUACUCGGAUUACACGCGCCCCGCCUCAUCACUUAA